GCUUUCUUUCCGCUCUCCUUCAGCCACUCGCUCUAGGCGCCCAAGGACGUCCAGGCGGUGGGCGCUGCGACUCGCACUGUGCGACUUGGAGACUCUUUUCCUCCGGCUGAGCCCACCCCUCGCCCUCUUGCGCGCGGCAGCUUACAGCUGGCUUCCGGCGUGCCGCCUUGUGGACAGUGUAGUCCGCUCGCAACCACCGCUCGCGUUACGUGCGGUUCACCGGACUACGUUUCCCUUCGGCCCGCGCGCGCCCCGAGCCGCGUCGGCUCCAACUCCCGACGAGCCGAAAGUCUCCAAGAUGGCCGCGUGGGGAAGGAGGCGUCUGGGUCCAGGCGGCGGCGGCUCCCGAGAGAGGGUCAGCCUGUCAGCCACAGACUGCUACAUAGUACAUGAAAUCUACAGCGGGGAGAAUGCCCAGGACCAGUUUGAGUAUGAGCUGGAGCAGGCGCUGGAAGCCCAGUACAAGUACAUUGUGAUCGAGCCCACCCGAAUUGGGGAUGAGACAGCACGCUGGAUCACCGUGGGCAACUGCCUGCACAAGACGGCCGUGUUGGCGGGCACUGCCUGCCUCUUCACCCCGUUGGCACUGCCUCUGGAUUACUCCCACUACAUCUCCCUGCCCGCUGGUGUGCUGAGCCUGGCCUGCUGUACCCUCUAUGGGAUCUCCUGGCAGUUUGACCCUUGCUGCAAGUACCAGGUGGAGUAUGAUGCCUAUAAACUGUCCCGCCUGCCUCUGCACACGCUCACCUCCUCCACACCAGUGGUGCUGGUUCGGAAGGACGACCUGCACAGGAAGAGACUGCACAACACGAUAGCCCUGGCUGCCCUGGUGUACUGUGUAAAGAAGGUGUAUGAGCUCUACGCCGUAUGACUGCAGGAGU